AUGUUGCGUGUCGGGUCCUGGUUGUACGGCAAGAAGCCGGCGCAGUCUGUGGACUCAAAGGUUGAGUUGAAAGACUUGCAUGAUGCGCUGACAGCUGCAACGCUGAUUCUCAAUGAUGAUGUUGAUGGCGCAGAGAGUGGUCUCUCCACGGGAACUUCAUCCUUUCACAAUCUGGGUAAAGGCGUGGUCGCGUUUGUCCGGGCAACAUUAGGGUUCGAGCAGGAGAUUAUGCGACAAGCAUCCGAGCGCCUCUAUGAAGCAGAAACCAGCGCGGCCAACGAUCAAACCCGGUCCCAGCAAAACGCCCAAGCACCCAAUGCUUUUCACUCCGAUAUCUAUGCUGCCGGUACCGAAUACGCGUUGUGCCAAGCAAUCGCCCAAUUGAUGAGUGCAGUGGUUGGGGUGCUGAAUGAAAGCCUGACAGAAAGUAUCAAAGCGUUCUACCGACUGAGGAAGGCUUAUAUCGCACUCGAUGCGAUCAUGAAGAUGGAAGAGAAGUUUAUGGAGCAGAGGGAUAUACGCAAAGUUUUACGGCCCACUGCGAGUGAUCUCUCAAGCUCGAGCGCUGCAUGCCCAGACACGAAGUCGGAGUCGUCCAGUCUUCUAUCGAAAAAGAGCGCGAAAAUGGCUAACAUCGAGAAAUCCGAGCUUAAUUCCUCAAUGAAUUCACUGGCGAUCUCAUCCAGGGCGGUAUCUCCAGAUGUUUCAACUCCUUCCACACUUGCGAAGCAUAUCCACCAAGACCCCGACUCGGAUAUCUUCAAGAAUGAAAUCGAUGUUUUUGUGCACUCUGGUUCCAAUUUCUGCUUUGGUAUUCUUCUUCUACUGAUCUCUAUGGUUCCACCGGCGUUCAGCAAACUUCUUUCCAUUAUUGGCUUCCACGGUGACAAGCAACGAGGGCUGAGAAUGCUCUGGCAAGCCAGCAAGUUCCACAACCUUAUCGGUGCCAUGGCUGCUUUGGCACUGCUGGGGUAUUACAAUGGCUUUGUCCGCUACUGCGAUAUUAUGCCCGACCCAACUCCUGGUGGAUCCGACGUUGAGGGAUACCCGCAGGAGAGGCUGGCUGCGUUGCUGGCGGAGAUGCGGUUCCGGUUCCCCAACAGUCAACUUUGGCUGCUCGAAGAAUCGCGGAUGUUAGGCGCGAACAAAAAGCUGGACAGUGCUCUGGAAGUGUUGUCCACGGACAAGAAGAGCCCGCUCAAGCAGGUAGAGGGGUUGUGCGUGUUUGAGAAGAGCUUGAACGCAUUGUUUCUCCACAGAUAUAAUGUCUGUGCUGAAGCAUUCAUUGAGUGCGUGGAACUCAAUACGUGGUCUCGUUCAUUGUAUUACUACAUUGCCGGAUCGUGUCAUGUUGUCCUGUACCGGCAAUCACUCGACGACCCAAAGCUUGCAGCGGAACAUGCUAAAAAAGCCACCAUGUACAUGCGGAAGGCACCCGAAUUCGCGGGGAAAAAGCGAUUUAUGGCCCGACAACUGCCGUUUGAUAUCUUUGUGACUCGGAAAAUUGCCAAAUGGGAGGCGCGCGCCAAAGAAUGGAACGUAUCUCUGGUGGAUGCGAUUGGAGUGGACCCGGUUGAAGAAAUGAUCUUUUUCUGGAACGGACACAGUCGCAUGACCAACGAGCAACUGCAGGAGUCUUUGACCCGGCUGGAAUGGUGCGAAAGCGAAAAGAACAAGAUGUGGUCUCGUGAGGGAAGCGAAGAAAAGGCGAUCCUGGAGCUUCUCCGGGCUGCUGUUUUUCGAUCCCUGUACAGACACGAAGAGGCGAAAAAGAUCCUUUUGACCUGCGUCUUGAACCACGAGAAGUCUGUAUUCAAGGGCCACCUGAAGGAUGACUGGGUCCACCCAGUGGCGCAUUUCGAAAUGGCCGCCAACCUCUGGAUGCAGCGUCCUACAUACCAGGCCCUGCAUGGGAUUACUUCCCCCGAGGCGUCGGAGGAAGCGUCCGCGGAAUCUAGGGAGACGAACAUAGAGAUCGAGAGGAAGCAGGUAUCCGAGUGCAAGGGAUACCUCGACUUCGCUGCUCGCUGGGAGAGCUAUGAGCUCGACGCUCGUAUUGGACUCAAGGUUACUGCGGCGAUGGAAGCAAUUAACAAGUGGCAGAGCAUUCAUGCGGAAGUCUAA